AUGGGAGGACAAAGAAUUCGCUUGAAGCCAGAUUCCGUACCGACAAAGUUUAUAUUUACUGUUGAAAAACUAAAGAGGAAAGAGCCCGCUGAUCGAGCAACGUUGAACACAAAGAAAACAAAAAUAGAGAAAUCGCAGCAGCAUUCAGCCCCCGAACCGAUAAACAUUGAAAACACCAAUUUUAAAUCUGUUUCAGAUGGUAUGGAAACUGAACAUCUCAAAAGUGAAGGUUUAUUUCAAAUUGUAGAUGAAAACUGGGAACAUCAACUUCAGUUAAAGAAUGACGAAAUCUCAUGUUUACUUGAGAAAUGGCAAACUAAGGAGCGCGAACUGAACAAAAAAAUACAAGAGCUGGAGAAUCAACUUGAAGAAGAAAGAAGUGCCAGAAAGGAGCUGGAAUUAUUAAUCGAGAAGAAAGCCCUCAGCAUCGAAACUGUAAAGGAAAAUGAUAAAUUAUUAAGAUUUUACACUGGAUUUGAAAACUAUGAAGUGUUUUCAAUGGUUCUUGACUUUCUGGGGAGGGAGACAGCUGAUCACUUGGACUACCAAAACACGGAAAAUUUAAGAGAAAUCAAGCACAAAUAUAAACCUAGGCCAAGUAGGGCUUUGAAUAUCAAAAAUGAAUUUUUUCUGGUACUUUGUCGUUUGAAAGUGGGGUUGCUUGAAGAAGACUUAUCACUCAGAUUUGGAGUUUCCCAGAGUGUGGUUUCCCAAAUUAUUAAUACCUGGAUCAAGUUUAUUUAUUUCAGAUUCAAAGAACUUGAUGUAUUUCCUUCCAAAGAGAUUGUUAAAUUACACCUGCCUGAAUGUUUUUGCAAAAAGUAUUCAACAACUACUCUAAUAAUUGAUGCUACAGAUAUAUACAUUGAAAAGCCAAACAACCCAGAGGCUCAACAAGUAACAUUUUCUUCAUACAAAAAUAGCAACACCCUGAAAGCCUUGGUUGGUAUUGUACCAAAAGGGGGAUUUCAUUUGUUUCAACCCUGUAUGGUGGCAGCAUUUCUGACAAGGAACUAA